AGGAUUGUUUUUUCUCCUGUUCUCUAUGCUCUUUUCAGUCCUCACCAAUAUUUGCCAUCAAUCAUUCAUUCUUUUCGUGAUGGCUGUUGCAUUAGCACCAGCAAUCCGAACUUCCCAAAACCUACAUUCAUCAACUUCUUUAUUCUUGAAUGGUGCUGCUGCUGAGAUUACGGUGGUUGGGGCGACGUCGUUGGUGGUGGAGUAGGGGCGGCGGCAUCGGUGGGGUAGAUGGUUGAUGGCGUUGACUAAAAAAUCUAAUUAUAAGGAGGAAACAAUAUUGUAUUGCUUUUGAAAAGUAAAACAAUAGUUGUAUAAAGAGAGGAGAGAGAAAGAGAAGGAAAGAUCAGAAGAUGGGUAGUCAAGAAGACGAGAGAUUGCUCUUGGAACUUUUACAGGGAAAUGGUGAACUAUAUACUGGGGAUGGCUCAGUUGAUAUCAAAGGGAAUCCUGUCCAGAAAAGCAAAACUGGAAAUUGGAGAGCAUGUCCCUUUAUUCUUGGCACAGAAUGCUGUGAGCGUCUUGCUUACUAUGGUAUUUCCAUUAAUCUUGUCAGUUACCUAACUAGGACACUGCAUCAAGGAAAUGUCUCUGCUGCAAGGAAUAUUUCUACUUGGGCAGGAACUUGUUUCCUAACACCACUUAUUGGAGCUGUUUUAGCAGACUCAUACUUAGGAAGAUAUUGGACAAUUGCUGUAUUCUCCACGAUUCACUUCAUUGGAAUGUGUACUUUGGCUCUAUCUGCGUCUGUUCCUGCAUUCAAGCCUCCUGAAUGUGUGGAUUCAUUUUGCCCUUCAGCUACUCCCGCACAAUAUGGAGUAUUCUUUCUGGGCCUCUAUCUGAUUGCUUUGGGAACUGGAGGGAUUAAGCCAUGUGUAUCACCUUUCGGUGCUGAUCAGUUUGACGAUACUGACCCCGACGAAAGGGUGAAGAAGGGAUCCUUUUUUAAUUGGUUUUAUUUCUCUAUCAACAUUGGUGCCCUUGUAGCGAGUACACUUAUUGUUUGGAUUCAAGAAAAUGCUGGGUGGGGCCUUGGCUUUGGUAUUCCAGCAAUAUUCAUGGCUAUUGCUAUUGCAAGUUUCUUUUCUGGAACUCCUUUGUAUAGGUUUCAAAGACCUGGGGGAAGCCCGUUAACAAGAAUGUGUCAGGUUGCCGUUGCAUCAUUUCGUAAGUGCAAAUUGGAGGUCCCACAAGAUAGUAGUCUCUUAUAUGAAAUUCAAGAUAAACUUUCAGCUAUUGAGGGAAGUCGAAAGCUGGAGCAUACUGAAGAACUCAAGUGCCUGGAUAAAGCAGCUGUGGUUUCAGAUGCUGACAUGAAAAGCGGAGAUUUCUCCAACCAAUGGAGAUUAUGCACGGUAACACAGGUUGAAGAAUUAAAGAUCUUGAUCCGCAUGUUCCCUAUAUUGGCAACCGGAAUUAUUUUUGCUGCAGUUUUUGCUCAGGGACCACUGUUUGUUGAGCAGGGAAUGGUGAUGGACCGAAAAAUUGGAUCCUUCACUAUCCCUGCAGCGUCAUUGUUCACUUUUGAUAUCAUCAGUGUUAUAUUUUGGGUUCCGAUAUAUGACAGAAUUCUGGUUCCUAUAGCUAGGAAGCUUACGGGCCUAGAAAGAGGGUUUUCAGAACUACAGAGAAUGGGUAUUGGUCUCUUCAUCUCCAUCCUCGCCUUGGUAACUGCUGCUGUAGUGGAGAUGAGACGUUUGCAGAUUGCUAAGGAACUUGGUCUAACUGAUGAAAGUGUUGCUGUCCCUAUUAACAUCCUUUGGCAAGUACCACAAUACUUAUUGGUUGGGGCCGCAGAGGUAUUCACCUUUAUAGGGCAAUUUGAGUUCUUUUAUGAUCAGUCACCUGAUGCCAUGCGAAGUUUGUGUAGUGCACUCUCGCUCCUAAUGAUUUCACUAGGGAAUUACUUGAGCUCUGUGAUUCUGACGAUUGUUACAGCCGUUACCACUGCUGGAGGAAACCCAGGAUGGAUACCAGACAAUCUAAACAAGGGUCACCUUGAUUAUUAUUUUGAGCUUUUAGCUGGACUGAGUUUCUUGAACUUUUUGGUGUAUGUUUUCUAUUCUCUCAAGUACAAGACGAAGAAAGCUUCUUCCUAGGGAAGCUGCUUGUCACGUGUUGACAUUUUCCCGAUGCUACGGUCCAGCGUGUCCCGUAUGAUGCAACUCCCAUGAGCAAGUGUGUCUCUACGGAUGCAUGUAUCAUGCUGUAGGUUAGUAUCAUUAUGUGUUGUUUCCUCUACUAUUAUUGUGUUCGAUGCUUGUUGCGCAAAUGGGGUAGGCUGGCCUGGAUCAAACCUUGGGGAUUCAGGUGCUGCCCGGGCGGUCAAGAGGCCCGUCCUUGACAUGCUGCUUCUGGUGGUGUUCAACAUUGAAUAACCGAUGCUUUUGCUCGAAGUGAAGUUCUGUUUUAUAGUUAGAUAGGGUCCUGCUGUUUCUUAUACCACUUUGUAGCAAAUCAGAUUAUCAGAGUAUGUAACUAUUUUCACAUGGUUCUAUUCUUGUUAAUCUAUGGGAUUAGUAAUUAAUGAAGCACAUUUGCCAUGAUGUAAAUUCAUCCUAUGCUCAUGUGGUGAAACCAUAUAACCCUAUUCGUAAAGUGGUCAUUUCUCAUUUGAAUGAUA